GGAGUAGGGACUUCCUGUUGAAGGCUAUUCUGUCUCAGUCAGUAGCAGCUCUUGUGGUGCAGCUAGCCUUUGGAGCUGGGAGGCCCUAGAAUAGAGCGCUGACUUAGGCCCUUGUAAGCUGAGCGAGUUGGGUCACUUUGUUAUCCCUCCACGCUGCAGUUUUCGCACCUGUGGAGUGGGGUGAUAGCCUCUGUCACACAGUACUGUCCAAUGCGCCUCUCUGCAAUGAUGGAAAUGUCCUGUGCCUGCAGUGGCCAAUAUAGCAGCCACCAGCCACGUGUGGCCUCUUAGCAUUUGGAAUGUGGCCAGUGCUACUGAGAAACAGAACGCUUCACUUUAUCUAACCUGGAAGAGUCAUAAAUAGCCAUGUGUGGCUCAUGGCAACUGUUUAUAGGGUAGAUGAGAUAAUGAUUAAGAAGCGCUCAGGGCAGAGCCAGACACCUGCCCUCUGUGCUGCUUUGACGCACAAGCAAGUUGAAAUUCUGGGAGUUCUAAUUCAGAAUUCUCACGAAUACAACCAAACCUUAGCAAUCCUCAAAGGUCUAUAACUCAGACAAUCUGCAGGCAGGGAACGCAGGGUGCUGAGAGCUUGGUGACGCAGGACUCGGAAGUGCAUGGGGGACUCUGAUUUAGUGCUGCAGGUUGAGCAUGUCCAGGCCGAGGACCCUGGGAGUAGUGGAGGGCCCUGUGCGCUGGUGGUUAGGGACAGACGCGAAACUCCAGUUCUGAUACCUCCCAGAAGUAAGACCUCGACUUUGAGUGCAUUACCCAACCCUUCAAAGGCUUCGUUUUUCUUGGGAUGCUAAUUAUAGUACCUGCUGCUACAGUAGAUGAAUUACAUGAAUUAAUACCUAUAAAGUGCUUGGAACAGAGUAAGUGCUCAACAGGUGUCUGCCUAUUGUGGUGGUGGUGGCAGCAACAACAGAACUCUAAGUGUAAAAUGUGAAUGAGGGAACAGCUGGCUGGAGGAGGGCCUUUGUGCUCUGGGGGAGGGAGGGGCACAGACCCCAGCCAGCUCUUUCCUUUUGGACCCCAUCCCCAGUGAAACUAAAAAUUAAUCUGCCUGCACAUUUUUGCAACUGAAUUGGCUCCAGGGAAAACGCCCCCUGGCUGUGUUUCAAAUCCAUGCGUAGAUGCUUCUGCAGGCUGAGAUUAAGAAAACUUGGACUUCUGUGUGGGGCAGCCUGAAAUCUGUGUCACAGCUUUUCGCUCCCAGCUCAGGACUUUGAUUCUUUCUGCCACAAGGAUGGACUGAGUACUGGGCUUGUUACAGUGUGAUUAAAACCCCCAGGUGAUGACAGGCAGCCCUCCAAGGCCCUAGGGCUGCCUUCUUUGCGUCUCUUUAGGCUUGAGGCUCCACGGCCCCGUCCUUGGGAGAAGUCAGCUCCAGCACCAUGAAAGGCAUCCUCAUUGCUGGUCUCAUGGCAGUGCUUCUGGUUUCCGCUGUAGAAUCCCUGAGCUGUGUGCAGUGUAAGUCAUGAAAGUCCUGUGUCAGCAGCGCUGCCACUGAAUGUCCCUCACAUGCCAACACCAGCUGCAUCAGUUCCUCAGCCAACUCUUCUUUAGAGAGAGCAACCGGAUCAUACCAGAAUACGUCCUGCUCCGCGGAGAACUGCAGUGAGGAGACACAUGUUACAGCCUUCGCUGUCCACGUGUGUGCUGAAGAACACUUUCAUUUUGUGAGCCAGUGCUGCCAAGGAAAGGAGUGUAACAGCACCAGCGAUGCCCUGGACUCUCCACUGAAGAAUGUGUCCAGCAGCACAGAGUACCCUGCUUGUUUUGAAUCUAAUGGAGCUUCCUGCAGUGGGAAACCCUGGAAAUGUUAUGAAAACGAACAGUGCAUCUUUCUAGUUGCAGACUGGAAGACUAAAACUGAGUCUAAGCAUCUUGUGCUGAAAAGCUGUUCCAGUGUCAGUAACUCCACCUGUCCGUUCCUGUCUGGUGAAAAUAAGACAGUUGGAGAAGUCAUCUUUCAAAAGUUCGAGUGUACAGAUGCAAACAGCUUAACGCCCAUGUCUACACCAGCUGCUUCCCAUAACAUGGGCUUCAAAGCUUCCUUCAACUUCCUGGUGCUUGCCAGUCUCCUUCUGCUGGGACUGCUGCUCUGAGGUCCUGGGGCUGACCUUCAAGCAGCAUCCCUGGGGUGCUGCCACGCUCUUUCACCACCCGUCCUGUUUAACUGCCCAGUAAGUGGGAGUCACACAUCUCCAGGUAAUGCUGACAGCUGCCUUGUUACCCCAUUAUUAAAGCACUGGUCCUGUCACUGCCCAA